GUUCCUUUCAUCAUCGAUAUUUGUAAAUUAUAUCGAACGAAAUCUGUAAUUUUCUUAUACGGUCAAUCGAUAAAAGAAAUGGAAAUGACAACGAUGAUAUUCAAAUGGACACGUGCACUCUCUCGCGAAGGUUAUAUGACUUCGAAUUUAUAUUUUUCGGAAUUACACGAAUCAUCCUACUACGUAAAGCGAAUCGUACGACCACAUUACAUCGCACUCAUAUCUAAUUAUGAAGCUAUCAAUGAGUUCUCAUUGGCAACGAAUACCUUCGAUAUGUCUUUUUCUGCCUGGCUAGUAUUAUUUAUUUACAAAGGACAUGGUUUCGAUUACUGUCACAAUCCACCAGGUAACAUAUUUCAUUUAAGAUUCGAUUCGGAAAUGUUGGUCCGUUGUGGUAUGGAAAAUAUUUUACGUGAGUGGUAUUCGAUCAAUUCCAAUCGAACCGAGAUCGAUGACGUUGCUACUUGGAGUUUGGAUAAAAGAAUAACUAAAUUAGUUCCAGAUUCUCUUUACGAGAGAAGAUGUAAUUUACAGGGUUUGAUCAUGAGAGCAGUCGUAGUUAAGGAUUCAUCGUUCAUAAACGUAAAGGAGGAUGGUCAAUUGGACGGAACGUUUGGUAAAAUAUUGACAGAACUUUCCGUUGCUCUUAAUUUUAGUUUUGAUAUUGUCUCGAAAGUAGCUGAGAACGGUAGAUUAAAUACAAAGGAUAAUACUUGGUCCGGUGCAAUUGGUGAAUUAUAUGCUGGACAUGCUGACAUUUCUAUUACGGAUUUUUCUAUGACCAGUGCAAGAUUGAAUGCGAUUGAUUUUACACUUCCUCUUGUUAUAUCGAAAAAGUGUCUUUACAUUAAAGAGCCACAACUUUUCGCGAUAAAAUGGUCGUCUUAUUUAUUGGCUUUCUCUAAUUCCAUUUGGAUCGCUAUUUCCGGCGUAUUAAUCGUUGUUCCCAUAUUACUAAUUUUUCUCAAAACGAAGAAUGAAUCAAGUCGUAACGUGGGACAUGCAUUGUUCGAUAAUUUUCUCGAUAUUUGGGGUAUAUUUUGUCAACAGGGACUCCCAGACUUUCCGCAUAGAUCAUCUUUACGAAUAGCAUACUUCUCUAUAUUUCUUUUGGGUGUUGUCUUAUCAGCCGCUUAUUCGGCUGCUUUGAUAAGCUUUUUAACAUCCGUUAUUCAAACAUUACCUUUUCACUCAUUAGAGAAUUUCAUUGAAGACGGUACUUAUCAAUUUCUUGUCUUUAGUGGAUCAGCUGAUUACGAUACGUUUACAAACGGUAAAGAUCCCUUAGCAAAGAAAUUGAAAAAGUUGAUGCCAGAAGAAAAAAAAUUGCCAAUAACGAUGGUAGAAGGAUUUGAAAUAAUUUGUAAAAAUCCAAAACUAGCUUUAUAUACGUCCGAGGCAAGAAAGGAGAGUAUAAAUCAUAAAAUACCGUGUAAUGUUGUACCCGUAGACGCAGAACGUUUGGAAAGUUUAGCGAUUAUUUUAUCUAAGCAGAAUCCAUUCACCGCUGUCAUCAAUUUUCACUUACAGAAAUUUAUCAACAAUGGAAUGAUGGAUCGAUUAAAAGAUAGGACAUUUAAAAGGAAAUAUAAUUUUAUAUUGAAUCUUCAACCGGUUUGCAUAAAUAGUAUUAUAUCGCUUAUUCUUCUAAUCCAACUUGGCAUCAUUUUGAGUGUUUGCAUUCUAAUCGUAGAAAAGUGUAUUUUUUCUCGUAAAUCAACGAAGAUGUCGAUCGAAGAUCGUAUUCCGUUGAAAAAAUCAUCAAAGUUUUAUGUUCAAAGAAAGAAAAGUAUAAAAAAUAUUGCAAAACAUCAUGCGAAUCGCGAAUUUGCACGCAUAAGGUAUUAACGAACAAUCUGCGUUUUCAUAAUGUUUCGUAUUCAUCGAAUUUUUAUAUUCUUUGUAUUUUAAUUUUCUAAUGGAACGGAAAUACGCCUACGCAUAUGUAAUAAUGCAUAUCUAAGUUUAUGCAUUAUUUAGCAUAGGUUUUAAAUUGAAAUGGAAUUUUUUUCAUUAUGUCAAACGUGUGGACACGCGUGCAAAACAUUUUUGUUAUUUGUUGAAUUAAUAACGGGUAAAAAUAUUUUAAUUCCUUCGAACUAUUUAGAUCUUUCGUCCUUACACGAUUUCCUAUACUAAGAAAAUCAUAUUUUG